AGGAGGUUUUUGUCUGCUGACGUAGAGGACGAAGGCUGUAGAGGUCGCGUUUCCGGGGCUGAGAGAUUUCGUAUGGGUUGUUUCCUGCUUCGAGCAAUAACUGCUCCUUAAGGCAAGAUAGCUGCUGAUGGAGUCUGUCUGUAGUACUACAGGGGAACCAAAACUCAGACAUGUAGAAAAGGAUAUUUUGAUUCCAAAAAUAAUGAAAGCCAAAGCCAAGGAGCUGUGUUCUGAACAAGUGAAAGACUUUACAAAAUGUUGCAAAGACACAGGUUUUCUUAUGGUGGUAAAAUGCCAAAAGGAAAACAAACUCCUGAAAGAAUGUCUCACCGGCUACUAUAGUGAUCCAGCAUUUUAUGAAGAAUGCAAGGCUGAAUAUUUGAAAACCAGGGAAGAACACAGGGCAGCACAAGGUGUUCCUCAUCAGAAACAUUCUACUAGCACCUAGGUGAACUAUUUGGUUGUACAUGAUAUGUACAAUAUCUGCAAGUAACAGAGCAGAGGUCCUUUGCAAGAUUUCUUUAUUCUCUAAUUACCUAAUAAGGUUUGGUUUGCCAAGUGAAUACCCCCCAGAGAAUCUGAACUGACAGAUCUUUGAGAGAAACUCCACACAAAAUUUUAAAGUAGAAUUGCUUGAGAAGAAGAGUUCCUACAGAUUGCCACAUGUUAAGAUACAUGAAGAAUAUAAUCCUCAUUUUGAAGUCCCAACCCCUCUAAUAAUCACUGAAUUUAAGAAGGCUGCUAGAAAGCAUUUAAGAAGGGAAAUAGAUGGUUCAAGAAACAACAGAAUGCAGUUUAGUGAUGCUGAAAGUUACAACAGCACUGAAAAGUGACUUAUGACUGUUUUUCACACUUAUAACCUUAUAACAUAACAUUGCAGUAUUUGCACGGUUACAUAAAAUUCAUACACUUGGCAACUGACUCAUAUUUGUGACAGUUACAAUGUACCAGUGUCGUGUGAUCAUCUUUUCCAAACCUGACAAUUAGUCAAUGGGGAAGUCAAAUUCACUUCACAAUCAUGUUACUAAUUUAACAACAGUAGUGAUUCACUUAAUAACUGUGGCAAGAAAGUUAGUAAAAUAGAACUGUCUCACUAGCAACAGAAAUUUUGGGCUCAAUUGUUGUCAUAAAUCAAGGACUACCUAUAUAAAUUGCUUGUUAAAUAUGAAAAUGAGCCAUUCUGCUAAUCUUUCUGUUAUAUGCAUCAGUAAAUUAGAUCUCUUACCAAGAAAACAUGUACAACUAGGCAGGACUAACACAGUUCAGACUGCAUCCUUAUUGUAACUGUAAGUGUAUUGGUACUUUGGCUGAUUAGUGUAAGUUACAUGUGGAGUAAUGGGCUAUUGAAUAUCAAAUUGUGUUUAGUUUUUAAGGCUCUACUCCUCUUAUUAUUGAGGCAUUUGUGUAGAUGGAAAACAGGUUUCUCAAUUGAUUUUUGCAGUGGGGAUUGUCACCUUAUCUUCUAAUCCCUGGUUGGUUAAACUGUAACAAGAAACCUGGGCCUGUGCUUUUGUUACUUUGCAUAAAGAUUCUAAAAUAUUCUUCCAAGCAACACCUGUUUCAAAAUAGUAGAAGCCUAGUCUACAGUCUUCCUUAUGCUCAGAAUUUCAAUACAUUCUGAAUAAGGACUUUUUUCCCCAGAGUGCUCUAUCAUUGGAUACUUUUUAAUAGUUUUAUUCCUAUAUUUUCUCAUCUCAAUCAGAACAAGUACUCAUUUUCAAAACAAAAGAAUAAUUGUGGAAGAAUCCCAUGACAUUCCAGGUAUUAUUAGACUAUAAUUUCCAUUAUAACUGACCACCAGUUAUGCUAGGUUUAGUGGGAAAACAAUUUCCUUAUAGGAAUGAUAUAAAAAUAAAUAAUAAAAGCAAAGAGACAGCUACAAAUUCCACUAUCUCUGGUUAUAAAUGCUGGAAAUUUCAGAAAAUGUAAUAUUACCUUUGCAUUUUAAUCAAAGAAUCACUAAGAGCUCAUAGGUUUCUUAGCCAUAUACUAUAAUUCAUUGUUUGUGCAAUAUUUCCCAAUGUUGUUUUUGUGGUAUCGUUAAAUUUAGGGAAAUAAAUUUUGAUCCAUUUGAUCCACUUGAAUUUGUGAGAAGAUUUAAAAUACAAUAUUUGAAGAGUGAAGACAGUGUCAACAUCACUUUACAUCUGAUAUUCAUCAAUUCUACCUUCAAAAUCUACAGUAUUGUGGUGUUAAGAUAUGAUUUCUUGAGUUAUAUCUGAGAUGCAAAGAAAUAGAACUGAAUGUCCUAUCAAAGAAUCCAGAUAAAAUAGGUGAUGUGGAAAGU